AAAGAGAGCAGAUCUGAUGUUAUAUAGUACACACACUCAUAUAGCUCAUGUCGUUUCUCUCUCUCUCUCUCUCUCUAUCUCACUCCUUCAGAUUAUCUUUCUUUCUCUCUCAUCAGCUCUCUCUCUCUCUCUCGCGGCCGGUCGUCAGCGCAAUUGUGAUUGGGAGUUGUAUUUGAUGCGGCAAAAGGGGGAGAAGCAGUAUUAAGGAGCAGGCCUACCACAGAGUAGCCGCCUCAAGAAUUAAAACCCUAGAUCCCAAUAUAUAUUUAUAUAUAUAAAUAAAUAAUAAUUUUUCUGUUCAUUUUCGGAGCUGCUUGAGGAUCGCAAAAUGGUGGGCUCUGCACCUCAAUCUCAGUCUCAAUCUCAAUCUCAAUCUCAGUCUCAACCUCCGUCUGCCGAAGAGGAAGCGCUUAAGAGGAACACCGAUUGCGUUUACUUUCUUGCUUCUCCUUUAACUUGCAAAAAGGGUAGUGAGUGUGAGUAUCGUCAUAGUGACAUUGCACGGGUAAAUCCAAGGGACUGUUGGUUCUGGUUACAUGGUAACUGCUUAAAUCCCAAGUGCGGCUUUCGCCAUCCGCCACUUGAUGGAUUGCUGGGAGCGCAAAUACCCACACCUACUGGAGCCUCUGCACCUGUGUCACAAGCUGUGACAGCACCUACCCCUACCCCACAUGUUCCAAAUGCCUCCACUAAACAAGGCGGGGUUCCUUGCAUAUUUUUCCAAAAGGGGCAUUGUUUAAAAGGUGAUUGGUGUCCCUUUCUUCAUAUCCCAAAUUCAUUGAGUAACAAAGCUCAGGUGCCAGGAACAGCAUCGGCUGCUGAACCUGCAACUAUCAAGAAGUCUUUUACUGGACUUGAGAAGUCUAUGCAAGAGAAGAAGGUCCAACCUAUGAAUAUUGCAAAAUCUGUCAAGGAUGUCCAACAAUCUAAACCAAUCACUGAAAUGGAACAUGCUCCCCCUAGAAAUGAAUUUCCUAUAAACAGGAGGGUGCCACAUGUAUCAGGGAUCAAUGAGUUUUCUGCAUACAGGAGUGCUCCUGUUUCUAAUGGAAACCCAGUCAAUUGGUCCAAUCGUGUUCAGCAACCUCACUUGUUGGAGGAACCUGAAAGCAUGAACAGUAAGGAUGCAGAAGAAGUUUCAAGGGAGCCCUCUCCUGGGUUUGAUGUUCUUGUUGAUGAUGAGGGAAGAGAUUCUGAUUACUAUCCUGGUGAAGAUAGAUAUGGAAUGUCAAGGGAACAUGAAGCCAGGAAUGAAUACGAUAUUGGUCACACGAUUGCUGCUGGCGAUGAUGAAAGAUAUCAGGAUCCUCUUAGCUAUGACUCACAUGAGCACCAUAAGGGUCAGUAUGCUUGGGAGCAGCACAGAGCUUCUUCUGAAAGGAUGUCAGGAGGAGCAUAUCUUGAAAGAAGGCAAUACGCUAGGCCUGAUAGCCUUGGUCAAGUAGAUGAAUUAGAUCUAAGGCACCGUUUAGCAAAGCAUAAGAAGCCUAAUGGUUUGAGGUCUGUCAUUAGUCAUGAACAUGCUCGUGACUUGCAGGUUGGCGACCGUAGCUACCAGGGUUUGCGUAGGGACGACCAACAACCCAUGCGCGAGAAUUCUCUUAGCAGUCGACUUCGAGGAAGAAUAAGACUUCCUGGAAGAUCAUCGUCUCCAACCAACAGGGAAAUGAUUAGGGGAAGUGAUCGUGGCAGGUUGUCUCCAAUAAGGGCAGGUAUCUCCUCUCACCAGGGAAGGAUCCGAGACAAGAUAAAAGGAAGGGUGGAAGAAGGUUUUAAUAAUGGUGGCAGGAAUCACAGAGGUCUGCCCUCGAGAAGAGACAGUGUGGGUCAAGAUAGUGCUGAUUUUGCUGGUCCAAAAAGUCUUGCCGAGUUGAAGAACAGGAAAAAUGCUGAACCUAGUAGACAGCAUGUGACUGAUCAGCAAUCGCUUGGUAAGAGAAAACAUUUGAUGGUUGAUGGCCAUCAACAAAGUGGAAGUGAUGUUUCAUUUGAAGGGCCUAAGUCACUGGAAGAGAUCCUAAAGCGGAAGCGAGGUGAAACAAUAAGUGGUAGGAAUUCAUCUAAUAAUGAAGGUAUUAUAGAAAAUAAGAAUCAGGAUGAAGAAAAGGAUGGAACCAACAAUGAGACAACCACUCCCGAUGGGAACAAUAAGGAGGGCUACAAGUCUGCAACAGUUCAGAAGACUGAAGCUGAAGAGAGCAGGCCAACUGCCUCUGGAUCUGUCCUGCAACCUGACGCUGGCAAGCUAGAAGCUGAAGAGGGUAUGGUUGUUGAGGAUGGGGUGGACCAAGAGUCUGAAGCGUAUGAGCAAAGAGAUGGGGAAUCUGAUUAUGAGCAAGCUGGUGGGGAAGAUUUUGAGUUGUAUGAUGGUGAGAACGGAGAUGCUGUAGGGGAAUAUGACGAAGAUGAUGAUGACGACUUUGCGAAGAAAAUGGGUGUCAUGUACUCCUAAAUGUUGAAGGUCCGUUCUAUGGUUCUUGCUGCUAAUUGCGUUUGUGUGCCAGUGUUGUCUGCUUUGAAUUGGCAAUUUCGAUAUAGCUACUAAUUUUGAUCUCAGAAGUAGAGAUGAUCAGUAGUUCCCCAUGUACCAUUAGAAACUCUUCUUUUAUGGAGCCAUUUUAAACUCUUGAUUGGAUGGAUAAUUUUUCCUCUCUGUAGUUCUCUAUACUUGCCACUUUUAUUUGCCCGAGAAGAGGAUCAUGAUUGUAACAUCAGAAGAUGAAUAACAACUGUGGGCAUUAUUGCUGUUUUCCUGGUACUUGUCUUUCCUGAA